CGGGUCUUUCAAAUGCAGCAAGUUUACAGUUGUUUUCCCGAGCAAUAACUUUAUUGGAUUUUCUAUGACUAAAACGUCGUCAAAAUGGAAGCAGAAAGUUCACAGAGGAAUACCAGCAGGCAAUUAUCUACGUCUUCAGUAGAAGAGAGUGUGCAGAUGAUAAAAUCUGAAAUGAUACCGUGUUUACAGAAUGCUAUGCAAACCCUCCAGAACAUCUGGAGCGAAAUUGGUUUACAAGAAGAUCAGAGAGAGGAGAGAACUAGAUCUGUUUUGUUUCAUUUACGGAAUUUGCUUCAAGAAAUGGUCAGCGAAGAGGAAGAAAUGAAAGCCACUCUUCAAGCAAAUGUGGAAACUUGUACUCAAGAAUUGGAAAAGUUGAGCCAAGAACUUGGAUUACCAGUGGAGAAGCCAGAGAAACCCAUGAGCAUACUUAUGUUGGAAAAUGACCUGCGCACAAAAGUGGACAACCUGAAACUGGAAAAACAUGAGCGCAUGAAAAAGUUAAAAACUUUGAGAGAAACAGAAUCAAAGUUUUGUAAUCAGAUGUGCCUUCCUGCUCAUAACCUGGGUGAUGUUAAUGUACCAACCAAGGAACAACUCAAAGAAUUAGAGGCAAAUGUGGAAUACUUGCAGAAAGAACAUGGAAAAAGGUUGAAUACUUUCAAGGAAUUAAAACAAUCAAUUCAGACACUGUGGAAAGAAAUAGAGACAGUUCCAUCAACUUCCAUAGAAAAGGAACUGGCUAAAAGUGAUGCAGAGACAACAUUCAAGCUUUCAUCUGACAAUAUGGAGCAUCUGAGAGGACUUAAUACUGAGCUUGAAAAUCAACAGAAGAGGUUAAUUGCCGAAUCAUCUGAGUUGACAGAGACAAUCAAAUCACUGUGGAGCAAACUUGAAGUUGAUGAGUCAGACAGGAAAGUCUUUCUUGCAAAGCAUGUUGGAUCUAAACCUUCUGUUAUAACUAAGUUGAAAGAAGAAGUCCAAAGAUUACAAGCCUUGAAACUACAGCAUAUGCAAAAAUUCAUAGAAGGUCUCAGAAAGGAACUGUCUGAUUUAUGGGACAAGUGUUAUUUUGGUCCAGCACAACGAGAAGAAUUCUCUCCAGCUUUUGAUGACAACUUUACAGAGGAACUCUUGUCACUUCAUGAGCAUCAAGUUGAGGUCAUGAAGAAUUAUUAUGAAGGAAACAAGGACAUUUUCAAACUUGUGGAGAAAAGAGAAACACUGUUUAAGACAAUGGAGGAAUUUGAGAACAGAAAAAAUGACACAAAUCGCCUUGCAAACCGUGGUGGGGCACUCUUGAAGGAAGAAAAAAUGAGGAGAGGAAUAAACAAGGAACUACCUAAGAUUGAACAGAAACUGGUCACACAAAUAAAAAAGUGGGAAGAAGAGAAUGAACGACGAUUCCUAAUCAAUGGCUGCCAUUAUAUGGACAUUAUCAACCGUCAGUGGGCAGCAUAUAAUGCACAGAAGGAACAAGAAAAACUGGAAAGGCAAAAACAAAAACAAGAGUUAAUGGAGAAAGAGAUGGUUUAUGGAAGCAAGCCAGCGACCACACCCAAGAAAAAAAGACCAAUUGGAGGAGGAACAACACCCUUAAAGACACCAAAACGAAUGAAAAUGCAAGAUUACACAUCAACACCAUCAAGAUUGCAUCUCCACUCUAGCAUUUGCCCAUCCCCAAGGUCAGCUGCAGGAAAUACAAAUGGCCGUCCUCCACUUGCUACAAAACCCAACAUAAGAAAAGUUGCCAAGACCAUAAAGAAAAAAGUGACACCUUCCAGCAGGAGACAGUCAGCCAGGCUUGCUGUAAAGAGAAAGGUCCUUGCCGACAAAAAUGGUAAUUCUAGCAAGGUAUUAAACAGCACUGGCAACACAUCAAUACAAGUGCUUAAUGGAUUCAGCUCAAACAGCAAUAAGAAUGAGUCAAUGGUUGUUUGUACCUCAUACAAUGAGUUUGCUAAUGGCUUGGCACAGGAAGAGAAUAACUGUCGCAGCAGUAUGCUCAGCAGAACACAUUCAGUGAUUUCAUUUGUCUGACAAGGGACACAGUCACACAACAUGCAUCUUACACAAAAUGAACUUUUCGAAUAGUUGUGAACUAACAUUUCAUCAAAGAUGAAGACACAUAAUUAUGACAAAUGCUUUUCUGAGGCUUUGCUUGUUCCAUAAGCUAGUGGCUGUCUUUUCAAAUUCAUGCAAAUUUUUGCUACAGUAACAGUGUGUUUGGUGCCAUCAUAUGAACAGAUUUUAAACACAUCUCCGCUGCACUUUAGCCUCAAUGAUUAGUUUCAUGCUAUUUUUAAUACACCACUGUACACUUUUGUAGACUUUUAACACAAAUUUGUGGAUUAUUUUUAGGUCAAUAGAGGUUGAUGUCUUUUUUGUUAUUAUAAUAAUUAUUUAUAACAUAUUAAAUGAUACUACUUUUAAAGGACUUGUGGGAUGGUAGUGAAUUCUUUUGUCAUGUUAAGUGAAUGAAGCCAACAAGGUACAGUUAGAGUGAGGCAAUAUUGUGCCUGUAUACUACCUUCAUUCAGCCAAUUUAUUCCAUUACACCUCUCGGGCCUUGCAGGAGAGAGACUCAAUUCCAGGACUUAAUUUAAAGUGUUAAUUUGUUUUGUUAUAAAACACAAUCACAUUAGCACUCUGUAAUGAAUUUGUAUGCACUGUAGUUAUGUAGGAACUUGUAUGCCUGCAUAGCAGUCUUUUCCAUGUACUUUUAUCUAAGUGGGAAUAGCACAGAGCCAAACCAGAAACACCACGGCAAAGCUGAAAGUAAGAAUAAAGAAUCAAGACCUCACCCUACUCUUGCAUAACCCCUUGACCCCUUACUUUUACAUAAACCCUUUAACCCCCGAGAGUGACUGGCAUCUAAUUUCUCCUUGUCAGAGCACAGUAGAGAGAAUAUGUAUACUGAUGUCGGGGUGUGGAGGGUUCAGUUAUGCUUUUAGUCCCAUUAAAGCCCUUUGUCUUUGCAUGACUCCCUCUACUCAGGUUCUUCCCUCUUGGCUAAAAGGAAAAGGAGAAGACUUCCAGGCUAUCAAUAACUAAGUUCAAUGUGAAAUGUCAGUACUCCUGUGGACUGCUGGGGCCAGUUGUUCAAAGAAUGGAUAACCCUAUCCAAUGGAAAAAUUGUUAUCCAGGGGAUAAGUGGUUACACAAUGUAUUUUGGUGUACAUGUUAUGGACAUUUAUUCAGUGGAUAGCGUUACCCACCCUUUGGACAACCAUGGUCUGGUCUGUAUCAGUAAAAUGGUUGUAUAUAAUUUCUUAGGAAACUAACAUUUGGCACAAUAAAAG